AUGAACACCAAAGAAGGUUUGAACAAAAAAGGAAACUACGACGAGUGGACAGUUAGCAGCAGAAGUGGGUUGAAAUCACCCAGGAGAGCCUGGAGCAAUGCAUCCUGCAAAAAGAGGAACAUGAAUUGCAGGAUGAGCCAGCGUCUUCAAUAUACAGCGGCGCCUCCAAGAAUAAGGUGGAGAACUUUUUUAUUACAACAAUGUGUUCUGCUGCUGACCUAUCUUAUAAUCACACUGGAAGCAGUGCCUAUAGAUGUAGACAAGACAAAAGUGCAAGGGGAAGAACAAGUAGAAAGUGCAAAAAUAGAUAAUCCGGAUACUGGCCUUUAUUAUGAUGCAUACCUCAGGCAAGUGAUAGAUGUUCUGGAGACAGACAAACAUUUCAGAGAGAAGCUUCAGACAGCUGAUAUAGAGGAAAUAAAGAGUGGCAAGUUAAGCAAAGAGCUAGACUUAGUUAGCCAUCAUGUGAGAACAAAGCUGGAUGAACUGAAAAGACAAGAAGUUGCAAGAUUAAGGAUGUUGAUUAAAGCCAAAAUUGAUUCAUUUCAAGAUUCUGGCAUAGACCACCAAUCCCUUCUCAAGCAGUUUGAGCAUCUAAACCACCAGAACCCUCACACUUUUGAAGCGAAAGACUUAGACAUGCUGAUCAGAACUGCCACAAGCGACUUGGAAAAUUAUGACAAGGCCCAUCAUGAUGAAUUUAAGAAGUACGAAAUGAUGAAAGAACAUGAAAGAAGAGAGUACUUAAAGACGCUGGAUGAAGAAAAGAGACACCAAGAGGAAUCCAAGUAUGAAGAAAUGAAGAAAAAGCAUGGUGAUCACCCCAAAGUUAAUCAUCCUGGAAGCAAAGACCAACUGAAAGAGGUAUGGGAAGAAGCAGAUGGGCUAGAUCCUAAUGACUUUGAUCCAAAGACGUUUUUCAAGUUGCAUGAUGUCAAUAGCGAUGGUUUUCUAGACGAGCAGGAGUUAGAAGCCCUGUUUACUAAAGAGCUAGAGAAAGUCUAUGAUCCCAAAAAUGAAGAAGAUGACAUGGUAGAAAUGGAAGAAGAGAGGCUCCGAAUGAGAGAGCAUGUAAUGAAUGAGGUUGACAUCAAUAGAGACCGGUUGGUAACUCUGGAUGAAUUCUUGAGAGCUACAGAGAAAAAAGAGUUUUUGGAGCCAGACAGCUGGGAGACUCUUGACCAACAGCAGCUCUUCACUGAAGAGGAGCUGAAGGAAUUUGAAAGUCACAUUUUCCAGCAAGAAGAUGAACUGCAAAAGAAAGCAGAAGAACUUCAAAGGCAGAAGGAAGAACUUGAGAGGCAGCAAGACCAUCUUCAGGCUCAGAGACAAGAACUCCAGCAGGCUGUACAACAGAUGGAACUCAAGAAGUUACAGCAAGGACAGCCUCCUUCAAACCCCAAUGGAGAACUAAAAUUCCAACCACAUGGGGCACAACCAGUUGGUAAUGCUCAAAACAAUCCUGAAGAAAGCAGACAGCCUUUACCACCAGGAAGCAUACCAGUACAAGAAGCUGCUGCUAGAUCGGAUCAUGUCCAGACUCACACUUAACCACUUGUGCCUCAACUUUAUGCCAUAAUUUUGGGAGGGGAGAGGGGGAGGUGGCCUGACCCUAAAAACAAAUGGGAAAUGAGAGUCAACAGGUUCCC